UACGAAUCGUACCAGAGGAGAAAUUAUUUUGUACCCAUUUUUUUAGUUUUAUGUUAAAUCAUUUUAUUUAUCAACAUUAAUAAUGACAACAUUAAGCAAAAAUUGCGCUUUAAGGUAUGUUUCAAUCUGGAAUAGUUUUCGAAUGCCAUAUAUCGGUAAAUACAGACAUAGCCUUACUCGCAACUUUACGACGAUUUUGAGUAAUAACAAGAUAUUAUUAACUAAUUCAUCGUCAUUAUCAGCGAAGAAACUCUUAAAAUUUUACUCUGAAGAUAAGAAAAAUUUUAUAAAUUUAGAACAAAAAGCUGGGACACUUAAAAGCGCAUUUGAGAAAAAGAAGGAACAGUUGAAGGAUACAGAACUCCGUAUAAGACAGAGGAGUGAGGAAAUCGUACGUGAUAUUAAGCAUCAAAAAGAAAUAACAGAACAUAAAUUAAGGAUAAAAAAAGAGCACCUGAUUAAAGACAUAUUAGAAACUAAAGCAAAAGUGAAAGAAAGACUUGAGGAUGUUGUAGAGAGGGAAAAUGUUUUUACCAUACCAAAUAUAUUAUGUGUGACUAGAAUAGCUAUGUCACCAUAUCUCGGCUAUGUUAUUCUAGAGGAGAACUAUACAUUGGCUUUAGGUUUACUGGGAUUUGCUGGUAUUACAGAUUUGCUUGAUGGUUGGAUAGCAAGGAAAUGGAAAAGCCAAGCAUCAAAAAUGGGUUCAUUUUUGGAUCCAAUGGCAGACAAAGUGCUCAUAGCCACACUCUUCAUUUCAUUGACAUGGCAAAAUUUAAUACCACUCAGUUUAACUUUGCUCAUUGUAGGCCGCGACACAGCCCUUGUUGCAGCUGGUUUUGUCAUAAGAUACAUGAGUUUGCCCCCGCCAAGGACACUUAGUAGGUAUUUUGAUGUAACACAUGCUACAGCACAAUUGGCUCCAACCAUGAUAAGCAAAUUCAACACUGCUGUGCAACUUCUAUUGGUUGGUACCACUCUAGCUUCACCUGUCUUUGGGUAUGUUGACCAUCCAGCUCUAUCAGCCCUCUGUGGCAUUACAGCAGCGUCUACAGUUGUAUCGGCAAUAAGUUAUUUAGUUAGUAAGGACACAUAUAAGUUUUUGAAAAAGAAGUCAUGAAAUUAAACUAUCUACUUAGUAUGUUAAUGAUCAAAAUUUGUGUGCAGG